UCACCUCAGGUCUUGCUGCAAUCUUGAACGGUAGUGACUGAUGAGUGUAGUGUUGUGGAGUCGCCUGGCUGGCUCUGUCUUCAACGUACAUUUUCCCAGUUUUAUUCAGUGUUUUACGGAACAUUUUCUCCAGAGGUGAAGCCUAACACGUCUAUCGAAGAUGUCUGUGGCCGGACUGAAAAAACAGUUCCACAAAGCCAGUCAGCUACUCAGUGAAAAGAUCAGCGGGGCCGAGGGGACCAAGCUGGAUGAAGACUUCAUGGAGAUGGAGAGGAAAAUUGAGGUGACCAACAAGUCGGUGUUUGACCUCUUGUCCAAAACAACAGAAUACCUCCAGCCUAACCCAGCCUCUCGAGCCAAGCUGAACAUGCUGAACACGAUGUCUAAGAUCCGAGGGCAGGUGAAGGCCACGGGCUACCCUCAGAGCGAAGGCCUGCUGGGAGACUGCAUGCUGCGCUACGGCCAGGACCUGGGAGAGGACUCUGUCUUUGGCUGUGCUCUGGUGGACAUGGGCGAGGCCAUGAGGCAGAUGGCAGACGUGAAGGACUCUCUGGACAUAAGUGUCAAACAAAACUUUAUUGACCCGCUGCAGACUCUACAGGACAAGGACCUGAAAGAGAUCACGCACCACCUGAAGAAGCUGGAGGGCCGGCGGUUGGACUUUGACUAUAAGAGGAAGCGUCAGGGGAAGAUCCCAGACGAGGAGAUCCGGCAGGCUGUGGAGAAGUUUGACGAGAGCAAAGAGCUGGCCGAGAGGAGCAUGUUCAACUUCCUGGAGAACGACGUGGAGCAGGUGAGCCAGCUGGCGGCGCUGAUCGAGGCGGCCGUGGACUACCACAGGCAGUCGUGUGCGAUCCUGCAGGAGCUCAGCGGGAAGCUGCAGCAGAGGAUAUCCACAGCCAGCAGCCGGCCCAAGAGAGAGUUCAAACCAAAGUCUAUCAGGAGCAACGUGGACCUCCUGGACAACAGUCAGCACAACGGCCUGUCCUACCGCUCCUCGCUCCGAUCUACCGAUAUCCAGAUCCACCAGCCAGUCAAUGGGAAAACUGAUCAUAUAACCUCUGUUCCUCUGACAUGGCCCGAGAGCCCCACUACCAAUGGCGACGCUCACGAGUCCGAGGUGUUGGACCAGCCGUGCUGCCGCUCGCUCUACGACUUUGAGCCGGAGAACGAGGGCGAGCUGGGCUUCAAGGAGGGCGACAUCAUCAUCCUCACCAACCAGAUAGACGAGAACUGGUACGAGGGCAUGAUCCACGGAGAGUCGGGCUUCUUCCCCAUCAACUACGUGGAGGUGAUUGUCCCCCUGCCUCAGUGAACGCCGGCACCUGGAGUCCCGCACAGACUCCAAACGCCUGCCUCGCCCCACUCAGCCUCUUGGCCUCUGGCCUCUGGCCUCAGCCCGACUCGGGACGCAACAUGCACGUGGGGCCAGCUCAGCCCCAAGCUGGGAAAACAAAUCCUGUCUUCUGAUUUUCGAGCCAGAGAGGUAGUACUGUAGUUUGAUCCCAAACUGACUUAAGUUCAAAUUUCCAAGAUUACGUUGUUUUUCUCUGAUGAUAUUUAUGAAUCUGAAGCCAACUGAAACCCAAGCCAUUAAGUGGGACACUCUCCCUGGUUGGAACCUUUGUGUCCUUUGGGUCCUGACCAAGG